AUGUCAAAGCCUCUAAGUCAAACAUACUCUCUUCGAAAACAUAUCCAACCAUUAGUUGAUAUUGAUGAACAAGAUGAUGAUCAACGACGAGAUUCAUCUGGACGAAAACGUGUAGAUGUUAUCGAAUGUUUAUUAGAUUCAUCAUCUGAUGAAACUGAUAAUGAUAAUAUAAAUAUUGAAAAAUUACAUAAUAUACUUUGGUUGACAUUUGGUGAAAUAUGUCAUAUACGUUAUGUUCUUAUUCAAACAAUUUUAUGUGUUGAUAAACAAUAUUCAGAAAUUGUUAGUGGUCAUAUUUGUUUUCGAUGUCGAAAAACUAUUAAUCAAUUAUUUUUCUUACCAUCAUUUUUUCAUUUUAAUAAUUAUGAAAAAUGUUUUAUUUGUCAACAAAUCAUAUGUAAAAAAUGUUCAUAUUCAAAUUUUAUACCACCAUCUUUAAAACUUUUAAUUCCUAUUCGAAUACAAAAUUUGAUUAAAAUAUCAUCAUCUAAUAUUGCAAAUGACAAUGAAAAAGUCAAUAAAUCAAACGCGCAAACAAAAACAGUUUGCUAUGAUUGUUUACAGAUAUUUAACGAACAUAGACAAACUUCCAAACAUAAUCUAAAGCCAUCCGUUAUUUCAGUUCGUCGAACAUGUUCCUUACCACCUAUGUCACAAAAAGAUUCCUUUGAAACUCAAAAUACAUCUAAUCAUCAUUAUCGUCAUCGUCGUCCACUUCAAAUAACUAAUUAUAAAAUUGAAAAAACUACUAUAACUACAACAUCACUCAUAACUGAAUUUUGA